CUAAGACAACCAAGAGCAUACGAGUGCUUUGAAGAUAAUGGGUUUUCUUCAACAGUUGGUGGUAAUCAGUGGAUUAGCUUUGCUGGUCUGCUUGGUGCAAGCGGAAGUUCAUUACCAUGACUUUGUUCUUAGGGAGGAAAAUUUGACCAGGCUGUGCAACACCAACAAAAGGAUGCUGGUCAACGGCCAGUUUCCUGGGCCAACCCUUUAUGUUCACAAAGGUGAUACUAUUUUUGUCAAUGUCCAUAAUCAAGGAGGUUACAAACUCACAAUCCACUGGCAUGGGGUGAGGCAGCCAAGAAAUCCAUGGUCAGAUGGUCCUGAAUACAUUACACAAUGUGCAAUAAAACCAGGGACAAAUUUCACCUAUCAAGUUAUAUUUUCUGAUGAAGAAGGCACCCUUUGGUGGCAUGCUCACAGUGAUUGGACAAGAAACACUGUUCACGGCGCCAUUGUCAUUUAUCCUGAACAAGGAUCCACCUAUCCGUUUCCUCCCCCUUAUGCUGAAGAAAUUCUCAUACUUGGAUCUUGGUAUAUCCAAGAUGUCAAUCUCUUAGUCGACUAUGACCUAGAAACAACAGCAGUUUUACCCGUGUCGGAUGCUUACACAAUCAAUGGUCAACUUGGAGAUUUCGCCCAAUGCUCUAAAGAGCACACAUAUCGUUGGAUGGUCGAUUAUGGGAAGACGUAUCUUCUCCGUCUAGUGAACGCAGUGAUGAAUGCAGAAAUGUUUUUUGCCAUUGCUGGGCACAAUCUCACAGUCGUUUCACAGGAUGCUGCAUAUCUCAAGCCAAUUCUCACAAGCUACAUCGUCAUUGGCCCUGGACAAACCAUGGACGUUCUUGUUACGGCAGACCAAAAAUCUCUGGGUGGCCAAUAUUAUAUUGCCGCCAGACAAUUCUUUUCUGGCCAAACCAGUUUCACCUCAUAUGACAAAUUUAAUGUCACAGCUAUUCUCCAAUACAUCAAUGGAAACUACACACAGGAUCCAGAAACCAUAGAGUUUCCCACUUCUCUUCCUGAUUUUGAAGAUUACAAUGCCUCAGUCAGCUUCAGAAACAGAAAAAGGAGCUUAACGGUUCAGGAUGUGCCCAAGAAUAUUACUACCAGAAUGUACAUUGCGGCCGCUCUAAACCGGUUAAUGUACAAUAAUUCAGGAAAUAUUACUUCCCGUUUAGCUGCAAGCUUGAAUAAUGUCACCUGGGUUAACCCUUGGAUAAAUGUCCUUGAAGCCUAUUAUAAGAACAUGACAAGAUUUUAUACUGAGGAUUUCCCAGACUAUCCUCUAGAGUUCUACGAUUUCGUGUCGGAUACCAUAAACACGACACAAUCGCUACUGGCAACGAAGGUGAAAGUGCUUGAAUACGGUGAAGAAGUGGAGAUCGUACUUCAAGCAUCCAAUGUUUUGAAUGCAUCAGAGGAUCAUCUCAUGCAUCUUCAUGGACAUAGCUUUUACAUGGUUGGAGCUGGUGGAGGCAAUUUUGAUUUUGAUGAGGACCCUGAGUCUUACAAUCUGGCUGAUCCACCCCUCGUCAAUACUGCUACCCUUCCCAAAGAUGGAUGGGCUGCUGUUAGAUUCAAAGCACUUAAUCCUGGGGUGUGGCUGUGGCAUUGUCAUUAUGAUAAACAUUUAACUUGGGGAAUGAACACCGUUAUUAUAGUGAAGAAUGGGCCAACCGUUGAGACAUCUAUGCUUCCGCCACCAGCUUACAUGCCUCCUUGUGAUGCUCCUUCUACAAUUCAGAAGAAGACAUCCCAAUUUUCAAGCAAACAAACGACUGUCUAAGUGGUUUUGUUUUGUGGCAAAGAAUAUUGACUAUGGGUUAUGUAUUAGCAAAUGAUCUACGACUAGUUAAUUGAUCUUAUUAUGAAUAAGUUAGUACUUCUAUUAAACUUUCAAUUUUAAUGAAGAAUUUAAUGAAAAAGAUUAAAAUAAUUUUAACUUA